AUGAACGGUGAUGGCAGUCUGGUUCGGUGUCUUGUGGAGAGGCUCACUACAAGGCUUCCGCACCGGACAGGCACCACCAGCCAAGACCUCGCUCAAGAUGACAUCGUUCUCAUCACCCGUGCCACCCUGCUGAAGGUCAGCGCCGGAUCCAUCAAUGUCGUCCUCGACGCUCUGAUGGGCUUGAUCGAGGACCUAGGACGACCAUACAAGGCCGGAGCAAUCUCCACCCACCCACCUCACGUCCUCAUAUCCGAGAUCUAUAUAUUUGGCCUGAUUGCCGAUUGCUGCACCAGCCACUGGAAUGCUGUGGGUUCUAUUCCGCCACAGCCCGAGUCUUGGCGAAUGAGAAGUGCCCAGAGGGCCAAGUUGCCUCCUCCGCAGACACUCGAUUCCGCGCUGGUGACCAGGGUUCUGGAUAUUUUGAGACUGUACGCCCGACCUCUCCCGGAAGGAUACAGUCUGUCGACCCAGACCUUGCUUGAUGAGUUCAAUACCGAGCGCACCGUGGUGGCGGACCACCCCGAGCUGGCCACCUCUCUGCCGCCCGCCGGCAGCGAGCAGCCCGUUGAGAGCCAGGCGCUAUUUGACUCGAAAAUCGAAGGCCUGGAGCGCCAGGGCAGGACCAUCGCUGAGUUUGUCAGUGCGUCCAACUGGACGAGCUCGUUCGAGUAUCUGAGGAAGCUCAUCUACAUGGUCCGGACUGCCACGUCUGCGAAUAUCGCAACUGUCCAAACCCCAGCGAGCGCCGACGACGAAUACACCGCAUUAAUAGUGUUGCGCCUAAUCGGAUGCUUCUGGGUAGACAGUCAGAAGCUCGGACUGAUCAUCCAGGAGAUCUGCUCCAGUUAUCUUCAUUUUCGGAGACCGUUCCAGCACACCAUCGCCAUCGUCACCCCGCUUUUGAUCACCAGAUGGUUGGAUCGUUAUCCCGACGAGUUUGUUGAGUUGCACACAAUUCACAAGAGGCUAGAUGGUGGGCCGGAUACCCUCUUUGAUAUGACACAGACAGUCGUGCAUGACAAUGGAAGGGCAGACUCGGUUGCCGAUGGUGUGAGGCGGAAGUUCUUGCUCUACCCGUUGCAAAUUACCUUACUUUUCCUCCUCCCUGAUGUGUUCGAGGUUGCCAGCAACCUGCGAGAGGCCAAGAGUGGUAGCAUGUCCAAGAAAGUCGCAUUUCUUGACGGUUUGAGGAAAACCCUCAGGAACAAAAAUGAACAGGCGGCGUACUGUCUUGUGCUACUUCUGCGUGCGGCCCGGCAUUUUGACCCCGAGAGUGAUUCGGCGUUCAUGAGUUACGCCCUGGACGUGCAGGAUGAGAUUCGAGACGCUGUUUUCCGUCGCAACAGCUCGGGGCCGGAUAGCGGGCUGUUCGACCAGGACAUCAUGACCGCUGCCUUUAUGAGCCUAACUGACCUUAACUAUGAGAGCUGUGUCGAGUCCUUGGCACCAUCCUGCCUCGCCCCGAACACUCCGCUUGGUUUCAAAAUCGCUGUGAUCCAGGCCUGCUCUCACUUUGCGGGUCUUGAGGAGGCGGAUCAUUACACGCAGCUCUAUACGAUCGGGUUCGAGUUCACGCUGGCUCAACUCAAGACCAUGUCCACAAUAUUUGUCGUGGGCGAUCACGGGUCUUCGAGAAAAGCCCUGGAGCUAGUCGACAACAAUAGCAUGCUCCAUCACAUCAUCUCGUUUCUCUGUGUCUGCCCACUGGGCGUCUUUGUGAAGAUUCCAGAGCACAAGGAAAAGAAUGAGUACUUUGAAGAGAGCCUCGAGUCUUUCCUGCCUUGCCUGGUCACUUCAAACGAAGAAGUGCGCCGAUUGGCCGCGCAGGUAACCGUGCGCGUAUUCGGCAGUACGAUCAUCAUGGAGUCUCUCCGUGCGUCGAAAAGGAUAUGCUCUCUUGCAUUCAAGCAAAAGUUCUGGAAACUGACCUCGCUUGUUCUAAGCGACCUUCUCGACAAGGUCGACUCUCAAGACCUUGGUGCAGGUAUCAAUUCGAUUCACGGGUAUCUUGAGUCCAGACUUGUUUUGCUGCGGAAGCUCUCGGAACUGGCCAACUUGCCGGAAGAGAUACCCGAGAGAGCGGCCAUAAAUACCAGGCUGGAGACACUUUUGCUGGUCUCCUUGUGCUCGGCGAAUAUCGAGACGUGCCAGCUAGUUAUCAGCUGCUUCGGCCUGUUCUUUGAGGAGAGUCAUAUUGUUGAGACUGCCUCCUCGAGCACCGCGAAGGCGGCAUUAUCUCUCCUUCGAAAUGGCGAUGUUUUUCGGGAAAUCGGCUCGCGCGCGUUCCGCUUCACCGGACUGGUCGCUUUCCAGAAAAGAAUCCGCGGCCUGCUACGGCGAAUGCAAUACCCAAGCGCGGGUAUCUUGGAUGCGUGGGCUCUAGCAUUUGAUAGGUGGCUGCAUUUAUCAAGAGAUGUGUCGACCGCAGCCCUCGAGACUACAUCGGAAAUGGCAGUCGCCGAGUGGCGGAACUACUCUGGCUUCCUAGCCUCUCUCGGCGGUGUCUGCGUAGCCGACCAGACUGCGAUUAUCGACGACCCAUCUCUUGGAGGUCUGAAAUGGAUUGAUCGGCUGUCUUCCGACAAUCAGGAGGAACCAAUACUCAAUAGGUAUCUGAGGCUCAGCAUCCAGCUCCUGGCUUGCAGCAACGUACGUGUGAGGGAGACCACGCGGGAGGUGCUCUCCUCGGAGAUCUCGCCCGCAUUGUACCAGCCUCUCUUCAAAGCACUCGAGUCGGAGCUGGAUAUUCUGUUCACAGGUGCACUGGAGUCAGCUGUCAAGGGCCUUGAUAGCGAGAUCGUUUUUGCCGAGCAGUCAAUUUCCCUGCUCCGCGCCCUGGUGGACAGACUGGAUGGCCCUUCCGAUUUGGGAGCAGCGUCGUCUGUGCAUCUAGGUGCACUCACGCUCAACUUUGCCAAAUUCCUCGACGGCGUUCCAGACACCAAGAACAGCCUCAUGGUCAAGAUCAAAGUCUGCCAACUUUGUGAGGCUGUCGUGAAGAAAAAAGAGCAUCUGAACCUGAGGGAUGAUGUUCGUAUCCGCAACCAGCUCCUGGAAUACAUAUUCAGUUGGAUCGCAAGGCCACGCUCCCCAAGGGCGGAGUCUGCGGCGGCGUUUGGGCCUGCGCGGCCUGACGAUUCACUGAGAAUCCAGAGAGAUCUCGACAGGGCUUGCCUCAGGUCGCUGGCUGAGCUAACGUAUCGUCUCCCACUGCAACCAGGCGACGGACAGUCAGAUGUUGGAACAAGUGAGCUCAAGUCACAGAUGUUCCACACUUACUUCAACCGGUUUCUGUCGCUUCUCAAUCUGGAAUCUGCCGAGGCGAGCAGGCACGAUCAUGGGACGACCGCCAGGGACGACAGUAUUACAAGCUCUGAACUUGCCAUCACCGUACUUUCCAAUCUCCUUAGUGCGAACAUUGACGUCGGUCUGAAGCACUCUUUGAGUAUUGGUUAUCACGAGAACGUUGAGAUAAGAACAGCUUUCGUGAAAGUUCUCUACAACAUCCUGAUGCAAGGCACUGAAUUCAACAACCUGUCCGACACUGCCGUCACGGAGAAGUACGACGAAUUGCUAGAUCUUUUGACUACUGAUACGACUCUGGCGGCUGCUAUUAGCGCAGUAUGCCCCAGCAGCGAGGUCGACGAGGUGACAAUAUCGCUGUUGAACAUCUUUGAGACCCGGGGCAUGAGCUUCGCCCUGCUGGAAGCUCUUGUGAAGCAAGAAAUUGAGGAUACGGAAAACGAAUCCGAGCUGCUCCGGAGAACUUGCGUGGCCACGAAGAUGCUCUCGAUUUAUGCAAAGUGGAAGGGCACAGCAUACCUGAAAGCAACAUUGCAAAAAGUCGUGGAGCGGCUCAUGCUAACUUCAAAGGAUCUUGACCUUGAACUGGACCCAGCCCGUGUCACGUCACAGGAGGAACUCCAGAAAAAUGCGCUGCAGCUUCGCAUAGUCGCCAAGGUUUUCAUUGACGAUAUCUGUGCUUCGUCGGCGAACAUACCGUCGCCAUUCAGGAAAAUCUGCAGCAUCAUAUCGACGGCAGUCAUGCCUAGAUUCCCGGAGGCUAAAUACACUGCCGUUGGCGCCUUCAUCUUCCUCCGGUUCUUCUGUCCAGCUAUUGUGGCACCCGAGGUCGAGGGCUUAGUAUCUACUGCACCGUCCAAGGAGAUGCGUCGAGGGCUUCUUCUUAUUGCGAAGGUUGUCCAGAAUUUGGCCAACAAUGUGCUCUUCGGGGCCAAGGAGCCGUACAUGUUCCCUCUCAACGACUUCCUCACGCAGAACAUAUAUAGGGUGACAACCUUCCUGCGCGAGAUUUCUGUGUCGCCUGAGAAAACAGAUCCUCCCAGCACGAAUGAAUCGUUCGACUUUGGCUCCUGCGUGGCUUUACAUCGCUUCCUCUACGACCACUGGGACCAAGUGCGGCAGCGCCUCGCCUCCCAGGAGAGAAGAGACUUUGUUCGAACUCCGGCUGAGAUCUCUCGCAUGCGGUCCCCUGUCCUUGAACCCCUUAGAAACCUCAUCUCACAUCUUGGUCCUCCAGCGCUGGCCGUUACUUGGAAUAGGCCGUUGAUCUCAGCCAACAGUCCACCAGCUUACUCUCGGUUCCAAAAUUUUAUGCUUCGCAAUGCGUUCCGCAGUACCGAAUCAUUCGUCACGGCGAGGGCUGUGUAUGAUGGUGGAGAGAGCAAGGAUGGCUUGUCCAUCAUCUGCAUCAUCUUGAGGAACAUUGAUGACGAGAACAUUGAUUAUGAUACUCUGAUAUACUGCUACUUGAAGAUCGCCAGCCGCCUGUGGCAUCGACCUUUCGGACUACUCAUCGACGCAACCUGCUACAAUGGCCAGAACGACGAGCCCCAGGACGAGCUCUUCCACAAGCUCGAGCUUCUCACUCCCACGGAGCUGUCGAAGCAGCUUAGUCGUGUCUAUAUUUACAACAUGAACAGUGCAUUCCGCAAAUGCCUGCGUCGUGUUCUUCGUGUCUCGACAAGAAAAGAUGCCAGUGUCUUCAACCCCAAUAACAUCGAGUACCAUCUCGUUGGCAGCAUCAAGGAGCUACAAAAUCACUUCCACUUCAACCAGCUACAUCUGCCAAAGGAAACAAUCAGCGUCUUUGCAGACACGCGCUACGACUUUAAGCCAGUCGUACGACUGUCGAAAACGAAAGGAAGGAUCGCGUGCCGGGUCAUGGUAGGCAGCCAAUUCGUCCAGAUAACAACAGCCGAGAAGCAGGAGGUACACCCCAACUUCCGCCUAAGCGCCACCAUCAACGAUAUAUUCCGCCUUGGUGACGUUGAUGAGGCGCCUACGAACGUGAAGCCUGAUGAUGAAUCAGCCUUUGGCCUCCGGGCUGACAAUGGCAAAAUUAUCAUGUACUUCACCAGCCCUAAGAAGGCGGAGAUUUUACAGACGAUCCGCGCCGCGAAGGCCAAGUACGGCAAGGACACGCGGUCGCUGAAGUCAUUUGAAAGACUUAUUCGGCCACAGGAUGUGCCGGGUACGCUUUUGAAUCUUGCCCUAACGAAUCUGGCCAGCCCCGAUCACGUCUUGCGACUUUCCUCAUACAAUCUGCUGGGCGCCCUAUGCAAGGCCUUCAACUUCACGGUCGCAUCAAAGGUGGUGUGCACACGAGACAUCGCGGUGCCGCUAGACCCGUCACGGUUUAUCGUGGAAAUUAGCAAGACGCUCGCUCAGGCCGAGCCUCAGCUCACGUCGGAUUUCCUGAAUGAAUUCUUUGUCGGCUGGGAUAGCUUUUCCGAAGAGCAGAAGCCUUUGAGUCUGGCCUACCUGGCGCCAUGGCUGCCAGGCCUCCGAUCAUCAGUGCUGGCAGCUGAGCCCGACAGUGACAAAGGUCGCGAUAAGAUUGCGAGUUUGUUCCGGAAGUUAAUCGACGUGACGCUGUCCGACCCGACUUUGAGCUUCACAUUGGAGCAGACGAUCUGGCCGGCCAUCCAUGGAGACGAGGUUCUCCUCGAUAUCUUCCUCGAAGAAGUGAUCAAGACGGCUUUGAGUAUAGGUCUCCACGAUGAACAGACAGAGACAUUAACCUCGAUCGUUACGGCAAUUGGCAGCAUCUCGCUGCGUGGCAAGAUAAUCACUCGCUUGCGGAAGGCCAUGAACCGGUCUUCUAUGCGCCAGAGCAAGUACCUGCCUGACAACGUCGUCUGGCCAGAGGUCUGCAUUCUGCUGCAGUUCUGCGUAUCGCUGUCCUUCGACAGUGGGAUACAGGCGCAGAUGUUCUUGCCUGAGAUUUUCCACAUCGUAACGAUGCUUGCGAACACUGGCUCGCCGGACAUCCGCAUACUGGUGCACAGGCUCCUGGUCAAUUCCAUCCACGCGGCCUGUACGUCGUUCCAUCUGGAUGAGGCCCGCCAGGCCAAGCUCCGGGGCAUCCUCGAGUCCUUGUCGGAAACCAGGACUGAUAUCUGGAGCAUCACGCCCGCAUUCCCUGGGCGCGAUGGGGCAUCAAUGUCUACGACACAAGAGUAUGGCCCCAACCUAGCGGCCACGGAGAUUUUGGCUGGUAUCAUGUUCGAGGUCUGCUCUAUCGCAGCAAUUUCCACGGAUAUUGCUAAUGCUUGGCGAUCGCGCUGGAUGAGCCUCGUGGCCAGCACCGCCUUCCAGAACAACCCUGCCAUCCAGCCUCGUGCUUUCUCCGUCAUGGGCUGCCUCGCGAGGGAAGAGGUAGACGACGAUCUUCUGUAUCAGGUUCUCGUCGCCCUACGGAUCAGCAUCACUCGCUUCAGCGGCGAGGAUAGCAGCAGCGAGAUGCUGGUGGCGAUUGUUACAGCACUGUCCCGGAUGAUGGCCAAGCUCCCGUCGACCUCCCGCUACGGUGUGCAGUUGUUUUGGCUCGCUACCUUCUUGUUGAGGCUUGUGCCAAUCAACCUGUUCAACUGUGCGGCGGUGUUCUUGGAGUCGGUGCUCACAAAUAUCAACACAUCAGGCGACACUCGCGGCCCCAAGCUCGUGGCACACCUGCUGCAGGGCCGUGAGCAGCUCGAGGAGGUGGCGCUUCCGCUGGACGCAUUCUACGGUAUCCACUUCACUGCCGAGAACUUCCACUUUGCAGUGUGCGCAUGUCUCGUGCGUGGCCUGUCAGAUACGAUGACCAAAUCUACAGCCCUACAUGUGCUUGCUACGUUUUUGGACAUGACAGAGACGGCUGCAAGUCCAAUUGAGGGGCAAGAAGCCUCUUCCAAGAAACUGAAGGACGUGCCUUACUCUCCAUACCUGUCGCUCAUCCUGUCACGGGUGGUCACACCGGACGAGCUCAAAGACACCCUCUGGUUGGCGGGUAUCAAGCCACCGUCGAGCCUGGCUGGCGUGCACAAAGCGCGGACCCCUGAGAAGCUCAGCACGGUCAAGGACAAGGACUUGCUGCUGAACUCUGCGAUCGAGCUCAUCGACUUCGCGUACCUCGAGGACGCCGCACAGAGCCGCACGCUACAGUGGAUGAAUGAGCUGGCAAGUGGACGGCCGAACGUGAUCGUGCACCUGUGCGGGCCGAUACUAGCAAUACUCGACGAGACGCUGCUGCACUGCCAGAACUCGGCGACGCUCGAGUCGGCCCACGGCCUCCUGCAGACGUUGACGUCGAACCCCAAGUUCGCCUCGGCGAUGGAGUCUGGGGGUGCCUCGGGGCUCAACGAGAUCCUGGAGGACAUUGGGUUCGGAGGCCUCUGGCGCUUCUGCUCGCUGAACCCGCAGCAGGAGCCAGACAAGGCGUGCUUUGCGCAGACGGAAAAGUUGAUCGAUUUGAUAAUUAAUGCCGGGACGUACUGA